GAGUCAAAAGUGAGGUUAAGAAAAAUUAAAGUUCCUAAAAUCAAAAAUAAGAAUGUGGAAUGUGAGAAAUGUGGGCGUUAGGGACAGAAUUUUGAAAUAAGAGUAAAAACAGAAGACAAAAAUAAUUCCCCGGUCAUCUGGUGUCAUGCUAUUAAUACCAAGUAUCCUUUUCAAUUAAAGUCGUUGCAAAAGUGAGUCAUAAUUGUGGGAAGUAGGUAAAUACUAUCUAAUCUAUUAGAACAUGCCGAGAUAGCAGCAAGUAAACAAUGGCAAAAUCUAGCUACAGUAAAGUUGACGAAUAUGGAUUCGAAAGACCUGAUAAUUUUAAUUAUGAAGCCUAUGAUGAGUUCAUGUCAAACUACAUGAGGAUACUAACAAGGAGGUCCCUAAGAUGGAAUACAAUAAAAGACAGCAGUUAUGGAAAAUCCAAUACUUUGAAACGUUUCAUACGCAAAGGCAUUCCCAGUGACCGACGAGUCGCGGUAUGGAUGUCAACGUCAGGGGCUAGUAAAUUAAGAGAUGAGAGUCCUUACACUUAUCAAGAGUUAAAAAGGAAGAUUAACAAUAGAGGGCUCAUUGAAACCAUCCAAAUUGAUCUUCCAAGGACAUUCCCUGACAACAUUUAUUUUACAAAUCACGAACAUUUACCUCAGCAGCUGUUUAAUGUGCUGGCCACGUUUGCUCAUCAAAACUCUGAGGUGGGCUAUUGCCAAGGAUUGAAUUACAUAGCCGGCCUAUUGUUACUCGCGACGAAAAGCGAAGAGGCGUCAUUUUGGCUACUUAAAACAUUAGUUGAAAAAAUAUUACCCAAGUAUUAUAUUCCAAGCAUGGCUGGCUUGCUCACAGAUUUAGACGUUCUAAAUGUUCUGAUACAAAAAUCUGAACCUACCAUUCAUCAGCAUAUACAAAAUAUAGGCAUGCCUUGGGCUUUGGGCACGACUAAAUGGUUUAUUUGUCUGUAUUCGGAAGUUCUACCAACUGAGACAGUUUUGCGAAUUUGGGACUGUUUAUUUUAUGAAGGUUCCAAGAUUUUGCUACGAGUCGCUAUUACUUUAAUCAAAAUACAUAAACCACUAAUUUUACAAACUUCGGAGUUAAGUGAAUUAAUCGCAUGUUUUAGAAAUAUGCGCAGCCAUGAAAAUGUUAUUAACUGCCAUCAAUUUAUGAAUGAUGUGUUUAAGCUUCCAGGCAGCUUUCCUUCAAGUAAUUUAGAGAAGUUAAGAAGGAAAUAUCAAAAGUGAAUAAAUUACGUUAGUUUUUAUUUUUGUAUCUACAUGAAUCUAGUCUUUUUGUCUACUUUAUACAGCCAUUACAUUUUUGAGUGUUUUA